UGCUCCCUUUUUAACAAUAUUUUGCAGGUAUAUGCAAAUUACUUGUACUUGCCGGCCUGUACGUCAUCAUUGUUAUACUGGUGGUGCCAGUAAACAUGUUUUCAUUUUACAAAUCAUGUAGAUAUAAAUCCCUUGUACACGCUUUUUUCCUUACCAUCGCUGUUAUACUGGUGGUGCCAGUAAACAUAUUAAUAUUUUACCAAUCAUUUCCAGAAUAUGAAUUUCUUUAUUCAACGAAUAGCCGGUUUAACUGUAGAUCAGCUGACCACCACACAGUGUCAAUGGAUCCAAUGCCAGGAGUUACUAUUUGUGGUUCAACACAAAAUAUGUUUAAAUACAAAGGAGUGUAUGUGAACAAAAGUUUCGACUGUUCGGAGAAACGUCUUAACUUUGAUGUUAAAGUUGAAUUGAGAAAGAAAUUUAGAGAUAAGAAAUAUUAUGAAAACAAAAUAUUGUUUGAAAUAGGGUUGACGCAGAGCUCCAUAAGUUCAAAUUAUAUGCAAGACAUGUAUGAUGGAAAGAUAUGGUCAGUUACAGCAUUUGUCUGUGAAAACGAACAUGGUAUAUGUUUCCGCGAAAGGAAUGAUUUCCCGCCAAAUAUUGUAAGUCAUACAUACAAUUUUGGUGGGAGUUUACUUAAUACCAAUGUAGACCUCUCUGUGGACUGUCAUGAUGAUCAACCUCAGACAGAAAAUAUGGUUAUUCCAGUUUUUGCAUUGUAUGAACCAGAUAUUAUCACUAUUUCAAUGACAAUAAACUCCGAAACGGACUUUCUUGGUUUUAAUGGCUCUACACUUCAUCGCCAUCUUGACUUAUCACCUGACAAUAAGACCGUUUCCAACACACCUGUAGAAAUGUUUGCGGGUGUAAAGAAGACAAAAUCGCCGUAUGCUGUUCUAAAGUUUAUUGAAAAUACGAAAUAUUUACAUCACAUUGUUGACUUAGAUAUAGACUAUCAACAAUAUGUUGAAAUUACCGAGGACCUGUUUGAACUAAAAAUAGGACAAAUUGAGACAAAGUACAGAGUUGUUGGCCACUUUACUGCUGAAGUUUGUCCGAUUGAUAAGGGUAUACAAUCUGUAUUAUCACGGUUUUGUUUUUUCACUGACGACACUAAGUUCCAACCUAGUGUGGUUUAUGGCAAUCAUCUCACACUUGACCUUCGCUACAAUUUUGAAAUGAAUAUGAUAACUGUGAAAAUAAUGGCCGACGAAAUUGAAGGACACCACACUUUCAUUUUUAGGCCUGAGAAACAACUCCAUGGCAACGAUGUGAUAGGUCAAUUUAUAGUCCUUGAUAAUGUUUCAGUAUAUAAUAUGAAAGUUUCGUGUAAAAACGCGUACAAUUAUAGAUUAAUAUCAUCUCUAUUUCGAUUUGUGGGGAAAAUUUUAUAUUUGAUCACUGACCCUUGUUUUUCAUUCUUUAUGGAGAUUUUCAAUUUCUUUUACAGAUUGUACAGCCUUACAUCUAGAUAUGGUUUAACCAUUGUAGUUGUCAUAAUUCUAUCUUGUCCAUUUUGUUAUUCCAGAAUUCGGCCAUGGGAUGACCAAUAUAUAUGAGUUUUAAAAAGUUAUAAAAUAUCAAUGGGACAAACGAAAACAUUAAGUCGAUGACAGAUACCCCAAGGGUUAACCGUAGUUUAGUAAUAUGUCAUCUGGUCAUAUCCCAUUCUUCUGUUAAACAAGUAUACAAUUAAACAUGUUUUAACAGAUUGUAUUUAUUUUUCCGAUAUUUGGAGAAAACAUUUCAAUGUAAUAAUUUGUAUGAUUUAUUUAAUAUUAUUCCUGUUCAAACAAUUGUUUCAUUUUUAAAAGAAAUUAGAAUAUAUUCCAGAUUGUAAACAAGUUGUAAUUAUAAGUUUAAAAUGAUUUUUAACUUUUUAUCACAAUAUCUUAAUGUUGAGUUUUAUUUGUAAAUAAGUAAUUUCGCUUUAAACUAAAGUUUAGGUAAAUUGUAAGACUUUUUGUCUGCUUUUUAAAAUGUCUUUCUUAUAAUAUUUGAAAUAGCUUUCGCCGCGAUAUAGCCUUUUUGUGCUGAUGCAGCGUAAAACUAUCAAUCAGUCGACUGUUAAACUCACAUUUUAGAGGAGCGGCCAUUACACUGUACGGGAUGCAUAAAUACACAGACACGUCUAGUAAGAAUUAGGAAGUUAAAUCCGAUGCCUCCUGGAGAGAGAGAGAGAGAGAGAGAGAGAGAGAGAGAGAGAGAGAGAGAGAGCCAUUCUCUCUGUUUGAGAUUUCGGGAAACGUAAAAAAUAUACAAUGACCACAGUUAGCAAAUACACUUUGAAACAAUCAAUUGCAGUGUUAGUUACGCAAAACAUCCUACAUUGCAAUAAAAUCGACAAAUUUGUGUGAUAUUUGAACCUUUAUUGUUGCUUUUAGAAAUUAACCUCAUAACGGCUGUAAGAUGUUAAAGCUUGCAUCACGAUUUAGCUUAUUUGAGUCCUGUUUGAAAUAUAAACCUCGAACUAUAGUAACGUGAAUAGUUACAGCUCAUUCCGAUAAACGUUAGUUUAAUUUUUAAGGUUGACAAACGAUAGCACUACACAUAUAGCACUGUUAAUCAUUCCUCUGUUAUAAAGCCUAAAUAUGCAAUUUGAAGCAAACAUUAAACAUUGGCUUCAAGAAAACUAAAAAUACAACCAAAAGAGUCUAAACAGGAUAAAGAAAUUACGUCAAAGAUUAACGGGGAUUUGCAACGUAAAAAAAUCAUGAAGUCAAUUGAUAUAAACAUUUUUUCAGUCAACCUUAAGUUAUUGUUUAUCUAAUAGAUAUAAGAAGAUGUGGUAUGAGUGCCAAUAAGACAACCCUCCAUAACCCGUUUCUUUCCUGCAGUAAAUUAAUAAUAAUUCAAACGGUUCAGUAGAAUAAUGAAUAAAUCGCAGAUGUUAACAGUUGAAAGUUUUGUUGAAUACUUAAUGAAACAAGCAAGUUGACUUACAAUUUGGAGGCUGGGCCGUUUAUUGUACUUUGGAAUUGGAAAUUAGACAAUGUAAAUUCAAGUGACUGUUUAUAUUCAAAUAUUAUUUCUGACAUUUUGCUUUUAAUUUUACUUACAAUUUGAGUAAAUGAUGCAUGAUAUUUGUUUCAAUUUGUUAAUAAUCCAAUGAUGUUUACAAUAAAAUAUGUUUUCGUU